CUGAACAUUUACCAAGGGAAGCCAGGCAUGUUCAGCUUGACCAGAAACUCUUGUGUGUCUUGCAGCUUCUCUGACCAUUAGGUGAAGUUGCAGGGACGUCCACUCCUGAUUUUGGAUCAUUUGGACUCACGAAUAAUGUUUUUUUUACUCUAGAAUGAGCAACAUUUUUGUCUUAUAAACCCUCCCAGAUUGACAGACAGCAACAGCUCUCCUAACUUUGGCAUGAAACGAUUAAUUAAGACUCAGAAAAAAGGGCAGUUUUCUGAAAGAAAAAAAAAACAUUCAGAGCAGUAAUGAGCCAAAGCUGUACCAAAAAAAAUAAAAAAUACAUUUUGCAAUUUAAGAUGAAAACAUCUUUGUCUGUAAAUAUGUUUUAACCAAAACUCCUGUGGUGUUUUAGCUUCCCUUGGCUCAGAUUCACUAAUUCACCAGUAAAGAAAUGCUAUGUUAUUGAAUCCUAUGCGAUACAAUGUUUGAAUUGUCUGUUUAUUGCAUAUUUUAACAUAUUUGUUACUUUGUGUAAAAAAGACUUAACCGAUUAAAUGAAAAAUAUACCCUGCAUUUUGUUUACAUCUGUAAAAAAGAUCAAAAAUAAAGUCUACUUCUCAAUCGUGCUGGUGUGUCUCAUAAAGACCCCAGAAAUUAAGGUGUGUGGAAUAAUUCAAGGGCCACGAAUAAUCCAAGGAGUUGUACAAGUAUCGAUGGUCCUAAAUGUUCCGGUUUGGUGCCACAGUGAGCAUGUAAUCAUCAAAAUAUAUUUUCUGAGUCAUCAGUGAAUCAAACAACAAUAAAAAACAAAUCAGCCAGUCUUUCUUCUCUGUCUGAAUGACUUGGUUUGCCAAAUAAGGAGCCGAGGUGUUUGCCCUGCGCCUUCGUGGUUUAGACUGGGCUCCGAUGUGCUUUUUUUUUUUUUUUCAAUCUCCGAAUUCCACUCGCUGCCCGUUUGGGCCCUGUAAUCAUUGCAUAAUGCAUAUUCUACAUAUUCUACAUGUCAGCCACACAUUGCUGGUGAAAUCCCUCAAUUUAUGGACCAGCUCAAGAGGAGUCACCCAUUGAGGAAUUCCUCCUGCACCAGGCCGUGUUCUAAUUAUAAAACUCUGAUUCUUCUUCUUUCUUUUUUUUAUUGCUCGACCUUUUGAUGUCCUUUCCUCUGACCCCUGGAUUUAGCGUGUAGACUGGGAUUAGAGACAAAAAGCAGACUUUUACCACAGCAGCUAAUUCCACAAUAACUCAGAGGGGCUUUUUAACAAACGUGUUUUUGUUUUCACGUUUUCUAUACUCGUAAUUUUUUUUUUUUUUUUUUUACAUUUUUGUCUCAAAGAUAUUUAAUUCACGAGCGUAACUGUCUGGCUUUGAAUUGAUUCAUUCAUCGCUCAUAUUUCUUGUAACUUAACUCUCCGAAAUGUCUUCUAAAAAAAAAAAAAAAAAAAGAAAUAAUAAAACCAUCAACCUUUUGGGAACCCAUACCGUUAGUGGCCGGCUUCCUUUGGAAAAACACCUGUGGGGGGAAACACCUUGUGAUUUACACCAACGCAUAAAAUCCCAACAGGACACACUCUGGGUCAAGCGCCCGCCUGCCCCUCCUACGCUCUCCGUCAGUCUCAGGUGAGCGAGAAAGAGUCGGCUGGCAAGUAACGGGUUAGUGUCUGGUCUCCCCCCUACAUCUCCUCGUCUCAUCCCUUCGAUCCCCUCACCCCCCCUUUCUUCAUCCCGGAUGGAUAUAUAUCGGAGGUCGUGACUCGUCUCCAUCUGAGGCAUCACUUCUAGACGGACAUACGCAGACGUCUCCGGUUCGUUUCGAGGGAUUGAACUUGACGAAGACCAGACCCGUGACCAUGAAACUCUUUUUAAAGGUUCUCGUGAUUCUGUUCUGCGUCGGCAAGGUAGAAGGCCGCUGGCUGAGGUCUCUGAUUGGUGAGUAGGGACAUCGUGGCUCAUCGAUUUAGGGACAGUACAAAUAAGUUAAGGAGUGUGCUGUUAAAGGUUGAUGAAUUUGUCUUUUCCAGGCCAAAAGCAGAAACCUGUGUCGCCUUCAGACGAGGACAGAAGAAGCAGAUUUUUAACAGCGGAAGAAAUCCAAAGGGAAGCCUCCGGAGAUGAGCCCGUCCCGGUCCGGACGCGGCGCUCCGCUCCCGACUCCCAGUGCGGCCUCCGCUCCGUCUUGCUGCAGGUGCGGGACCUGGGGCUGGGCUACGACUCGGACGAGACGGUCUUGUUCAAGUACUGCGGGGGGUCUUGCCCCCACGCCCGCUCCAACUACGACCUCACGCUCAGCAACCUGCUGCUCAGCGGGCGGCUUCCGCAGCCGGCCCCCGGAGAGCCGUGGCACAGCGUGCCGUGCUGCAGGCCCACUCGCUACGAGGACAUGGCCUUCCUCGACAACUCGCACCGCUGGCACAAGGUGGAGAAACUCUCUGCCGCCGCUUGCGGCUGUGCAGACUAAAAACGGCCCCGAUCGAGGGUAGUAAGGAAGGGGCAGGUGAGAGAGAGCUGAAGACAUCUGGAGAGGACGAUUUGACUUACUCCGAAAAGAAAACGAAUAACUCAAUUUUUUUUUUUCAGAAAAGAGCCUUCAUGAGCAGAUUCUAAUGUUUGACUCAGAUUUCUGUGUUUUAUCCAUGAUUUAGAUUUCCAGGAAGCAUUGCUUUGUGAGUUCAUGUUAUUUCCAAUUAAGGUAAAAUGGAACCAUCGCUUUAACUUGAAUUACAAGAUAAUUGUAAAUAAGCUAAUAUUUAUUAAAAAAAAAAACAAACAUGGAAAAAAAAUGUAGCUCUUUAGAAAUGUUUCCCAAUUUACAAACGAUGCUGAAUUAAGCUCCAAAAUUGUUCAGCUACAUAAAGUGUACAUAUGUGAAAACUAAAGAUAUUUAUUUAUUUAAUGCUUGUUUGUUUUAGAUCAGAUUAAUUUAUUUUGUAAUGGAGUCACGUUUAAUUGAAAUUUACUUUUUUUUUCAGUAAAUGUAAAAUGCAUUAAACAUGAUGUGGUUUCAUUUAUGCUAUGUGUGUUGUGUUCUCUAUCAAAUAAUGCUUUUUUCGAUUUACAUUAACAAAUACAAAGUUACAAUGUUGUGGGUUUUUUUUUUUUUGUAGUGGGUCAAAAUCCACUAUCCUGAUGCUGACUGCGUCAACGUGCGUUAAAUAAGCUGAAUUUUUUAAAAUAUGCAUAAUGUAAAACCUUACAUCAGUUAAAUAAUUUUCUUUUUAAGUGGGUGUAAUUCUUGAAAUUUGCAUUUCAUUUUGUAGUAAUCUGUUUACAUUGCAAAGUUUCAGUCUCUUUGAAAAAAAUUGCAUGCAUAAAGACGUAGGACAUGUGGAGAGUCAUUUCAGUUAUAAUGCUAAAAUAUUUUAAUUAUUUUCUCUAUUAUCAACUUAGAGAAAUGCAGGGUUUAUCUUUUCGAACUCCACAGUGAGACAAGAAGUCUGUAAGGUCUCAUUCUAUUAUAAGAAUAAUAUAAUGGAGGUUUGCCUGCUA